GCGAAACGGGGUUUGUUUUCAGAAGCUAGCGUAGCUAGAUUUGCAGCACAACACGACGAUCUGUAGCGUUGUUUUUGUUGUACCUUUAUAAUCAUGACGUCUACUCUUGAUGAUAGCGAAAAAGAAAAGGUGCGCUCUGUGUCUGUGGACCUAAACAACGAUGCCUCUCUGCUCAUCGACAUUCCUGAUGCACUCUGUGAACGUGACAAAGUCAAGUUCACUGUCCACACCAAGACCACCCUGAGCUCCUUCCAGAAGCCAGACUUCUCUGUUCCUAGGCAACAUGAGGACUUUAUCUGGCUCCAUGACACGCUGGUUGAGACUGAGGACUACGCUGGGCUCAUCAUCCCUCCAGCCCCACCGAAGCCAGACUUCGAGAGCCCCAGGGAGAAGAUGCAUAAACUGGGAGAGGGUGAGGCCACCAUGACCAAGGAGGAAUACACCAAGAUGAAGCAGGAGUUAGAGGCUGAGUACCUGGCUGUAUUUAAGAAGACUGUACAAGUCCACGAAGUAUUCCUGCAGCGAUUAUCUUCUCACCCCAUCCUGAGCAAGGACAGAAACUUCCAGAUAUUCCUGGAGUAUGACCAGGAUCUGACCGUACGGAGGAAGAACGCCAAGGAGACGUUUGGGAGUUUCUUUAAGAACAUGGUCAAGAGCGCUGACGAGGUCAUCAUAUCAGGGAUAAAGGAAGUAGAUGAUUUCUUUGAGCAGGAGAAGACCUUCCUACUUGAUUAUUCGUCCAAGAUCAAAGACUCCACUGCCAGGGCAGAGAAGAUGACACGCUCUCACAAAAAUGUCGCUGAUGAUUACAUCCACAUCUCUGCCACUUUGAACAGUCUCUCUGUCGAUGACAACACAGCACUUAAAAAGCACCUUGAGAAGUUUGCGGACCUGUUUGAGAAACUAAGGAAAGUGGAGGGUAGAGUGGCGUCAGACGAGGAGCUGAAGCUCACAGAGCUGCUCCGGUACUACAUGAGGGACAUCCAGGCAGCCAAGGACCUGUUGUACAGGCGAGCCCGGGCCCUGGCUGACUAUGAGAAUAGUAACAAGGUUCUGGACAAGGCCCGGCUGAAGAGUAAAGACAUCGCCCAGGCUGAGGAGCACCAACAACAGUGUCUGCAGAAGUUUGACAAGCUCUCCGAGUCGGGAAAAAGAGAGCUGACCAGUUUUAAGGGCAGGAGAGUGGUGGCUUUCCGUAAGAACCUAAUAGAGAUGGCUGAACUGGAGAUCAAACACGCCAAGAACAACAUGGCUCUGCUGCAGGGCUGCAUUGAGCUUCUCAAGAGCAACUGAACCACCUGUCUCCUACCAACCCUCCCAGACCACCACCCACUGACCAGCUAGCCUGGGUGCCAGUCUGUUUUUUGCUGUCUUGCCAACUCCAAAUGGAACUGUCAUGCAGAACGGUGCCAAUGGAGUAGGCAAAAGCACAAACAGAUCUGGGACCAGGCUACUGACCCAGCCUUUGAGAAUGGAACCUGGAUACCCCUUCUUACCACCCUCUACCCCCAGGGGACCCUGGGUCGUGUUCAUUAGGGCACAUGGUUGAAAAACUUCCAUUUGCAACAGAAAACGAAAAGGAGCAUUUCUUAUUGCACAAAAUUAGAUAGUCCCUCACUGAUUCACUCAGUUUCGUAGGUUUUCGUUCCUAUUGAACACGAUCCUGGGUACCCCCACCCUCCACCCCCAAAUGAUGCCAUUUCAGAAACCUGCACAAGAACCUGCAGCUGUCUGUAUUUCUGUCUGUCUCAAUGUUUACAUAGUCCAUGCCCACCUGACAACCCUUCUCCUUCUACCCCUCCUCCAUGUCCCAUGGAACACUCACCUUUUGUGAUGACAGCGUUCCGGAACAGGGAGAAUGUAGCAGCUUGCAUUGUCUUCUGGUCUUCCUCUUCCAUCUGUUUUUGAAUCAUAGAUUAUCUGAUCAAUUUUUCUAUUCUGGAUGGAUUAUUCUUGUAUUGGAUUUUCUAUUUUUAACGAGGAUGCUGAUGGUGGAAUGUUUGCCUCAUUGUGAUGUUUUGCUUGCUUUUCAAGGCACACGCUAACUAAACCCGUUAGGUCCCGCACUUUUAUAUACAUAAACACAUACAUCUGGGUCGUGUUCAUUAGAGAACUCCGUAGCAAACCGUUUUGCAACAGAAAACGAAAACAAAUGUUUAAUUUAGGUUGAAUUUGGUCCUACUGAACACAACUCUGAAGCAUAAGAGUUGAACUUGGCAGAGUUUAGUUGUUUUGGAAUAACCAAAGGAUUUUAUGGUGCGGGUAUAGCUAGCUAUAAUAGAAUAGUUAUGUUCCCUUUAGUUUUCUUAUUGCAAUGCCUCUUUAAACCACAAGUACUCUGAGGACUGACACAGUGAAUAACUGACAGCUGAGCUCAGCUGCUUCUCUGGUUUGUAAUGGAACAGUUUAAAAGGUCGUAUUAGGCCACGCUGUAGCAAAACAUUUUGCAAUAGAAAACGAAAACAAUUUCUUAUGGGACAAGUUUAGAUAAUCCCACCUCCAUUUUUUUUUUUUCCUUCGGUUUUGUGCCUAGUGAAUAUGACCCAGAUGGAGCAACUGUUCAUAAAGAACAGAUAAAGUGGAUGGAAAAGGGAGAGAGACUACCUUAGUGCCUAAAUAAAAGGUCCUUAUGACUGCGUCCCGGUUGUCCACCCUUCUACCACUUGCACACUCCCGUCGUGGAUUUAAAUGCAUGGGGUUGAUGUAAGCAUUGGCUGAUGGGAGUUUCCACCAUUGUUAAAUCCAUGACAGGGAGUGUGGAAGUGCACACUUUGGGAGAAAGGUGGAAAAUUGGGACUUAGCCUAUAUACUCUGAGAUUAGGUUGGACCGAACUCACUCAAGCCACCAGUAAAGUGAAGAGAAGUUCUCUCUUUCAUGGUUAAGAAGGCUGAGUACACGCUAGUGUGUGGUAGUUUAUCCGUGCUGAGUGGUACCACACAGAAAUGCUCUGGACAUACCUCAGGAAUGGCAACAUGGCUCUUUUCUCACAUUCGUCUUCAUUACUGGCAGUAACUGGAGCCAAAUUCUUAAGAUUCACAUUGAUUUUGACAAGUUUACUUACACAUAAUAUGGACCAAUAUAUUAUUUUCACUACGGCCCUUGUUAGUGUCAGCACUGGUAGUUGUCCCUUUGUCAAAGUUUACUGCCAUACAUGUGAUGUGGACCGAUUUCAUUAUUUUCAAUCUGCCCAGUCUAGACUAGUGAGUGCCAGGCAGCACUGGUUUCUGUCCUCAUUGAGUAAAUGUUCAGUAGACUAGUUUGAGACAGUCAGUCAGUGAAGUUCACCCAUAGCAGCUGACUGUAUUGUAUGCCUAUGAAUCACCUGACACACACACACACACACACACAGCAGGAAGUAUGAGGCCAGCAGCAGGUCCUAGUCCACUCACCCUUCAGCCAGUUGCUCUACGGCAUUUCCAUGGUAAUGGAAUUACACUGAGACUCAGAUGUUUCACUUUAAAAUGUACACCAACCAAAACAAUGAAUUUAAAAGUUAACAUUUACAUUUCCACUGAAAAGUUUACAAAAGCACAUUUUACAGGAAGAUCUUUGCACAUACAAUGUUUGGUAAGAAUAAAACUGAGGGAGACUUUUCUGUAAUUCUGUUACCAAACUUUGCAUCUGCCCAGUUGAUCCUGUAAUUUAUUUAUUUUACUGUGUAAAUUGUUUAAACUAGUCAUUGUGCAUAGAGUUGUAUGGUUUGUUAAACUUUGAAAUCAAUAGUUUUUGCUUGACAUACAUGUUAAAGUUACUGUGGAAUUGCCCUCUAUCAAGUCAGCACAAACAUUACAUUGCAUAUGUAGCCUAGUCAGUUGGGAAGCUUCAUGCAUUAUAUAGUUAACAUUAAGCAAGCAUCAAGCAAUAGACUUACAAGGCUAGUGACACUUAUAUUGGCUAUUGGAGUGUAACUCUGGUCCCAGCACUUAUUCAGAGGAGUAUGACUGACUUGUGUCCUUCAGCAUCUGCUUGAAGCUGUUGUCUAUGUUCCAAUUAUAUGACAUUCUGCCAUAAGUGUGCACUUGUUCACGCCCCUUCAUGAAUUUGAAAGGGACUGACAUGCUUACACAAAUCCAAUGCUUUUAAUUGUGUGAUGAGGACACUAGUACUCUACCUAGAGAAUUGGGAUGCAGAGAGUAGGCUACAUGACUGUGCACUUCAUUGAUUUCCUGUUGUUUACCAGUGGCCUACUGCACCUGCUUACAGAGUAACACUAACCUAACCCAUCCACCAACGCCCUUGCUUCUUACUGCUAAUGCAGUAUUUGUUUUUAAGAAAUUAAUUUUUGUGUCGCCUAUAUUUCUCCCAUUGCUUUUUGUUACUGACAGAACCUUUGCCAGGCCUAAACUAGCCUGGGUACCAGUCUGUUUCUGCCCUCUUGCCUAGUCCUUAUGGAUUUGUCAUGCCUUGUCUGGCUUGACUAUGACAGCAAUGGAGUUGGCAAGAGCACAAACAGAUCAGGGACCAGGCUAGGCCUAAACUCAUUAACCUGUGAAAGGAAAGGGUUCAUAUUGAAACAAAAACGAUUGAAUUCUUUGAAUUGCUUUGGAAAAUAAUGCACUAUGAAGGUGGUAAAUACUUAGCAAUCAUUUCCAAGCCCAGAGAGAGCUGUGUUAUAAAGAUAUAUAAAGUGUUUUUUGAUAAUUGAUUGUAUUUCUAAUGGAUUACAACUGU